UGUGACUGUUGUAUUCCAUCGUUUUGUGUGUGACCGUUAAAAGUGAACCUUAUAGGAAUUGUACACGAUGGCUUUUAUGGUAUUUUUCUUUGGAUACGUUUACAUUUUAAUGUCGCCGAUUUUUGCGAGCGUCGCCAUGUUCAAUCCCAUUUGUCUUCUAAAUCCCACAAAAAUAGAUGGCAUGGAGUUCUAUUUGUACACAAAAGAUGCAGUGACCAGAAUUGCUGUUGACGAACGCACUGUGAAACGCGCACCAUUUGCCAGCAGCAAAGAAAUCGUCAUCUUCAUCCACGGUUACACCGCACACUACGACGAUAGAUUCUCAAGCGUUAUUCCAAAAGCUUAUUUAAACGGAACAGAGGAUCGUAACGUCAUCAUGGUGGAUUAUUCCCGAGUUACCGGUGACGUUCCCCAGUCAAAUUUCGGCUCAACUGCUAUAUGGGCUAUGCUAUACGCGAAAUCGGUGUACUGUGACUUACCACUAAUAGCAGAAGAAAUAGCCAAUCUCGUCGAAUUAAUACGGAACGAACGGCCAGGCAUUGUGAACGUGCACGUGAUAGGACACAGUCUCGGAGGUCAAAUAGCAGGCCAAGUGGGCGUUAUCUAUAGGCAGUCCACUGGACGCUUGUUGGACCGAGUAACCGCUUUAGAUCCGGCAGGACCAUUAUUCGAAGAAAAAGCCAUCGUGAGUCCACGGGUGGCGAAAUUCGUGGACGUGGUACACACAGGAGUCGCCGUCUUAGGUUAUGUAGAACCCAUUGGAACCGUCGAUUUUUACAUGAACAACGGCGUUAUACAAACCGGAUGCCUCAAUUAUGGUAGAGAAACCUGGGUCCAAGAACAAAAAGACACUGUAGGGUGUUCGCACCUGGCCGCCAUUUUGUACUAUGCCGAUUCGAUAAACAACAAUAAAAUAAUAGGCAAAUCUUGUAACGAAAUCGAACAGCUCGUGAAAAACAAAAUAAACUUACUGCCCGUCGACAAUGACAACAACAAUGCUAUAAGUAAGCUAUGUUCAUCGCAAGUUAAGUCUGAGGGCAAUUCAGUUGUAUUCGGCGAACACGUUUCUUUAGAGUCUGUUGGUAUAUAUUAUGUGACAAUAAGAAACGUGCCUUUUUCCGAAUUGUUGAACAAUUUUUAAUUCAAAUUUAGAACGAAUUAUUAGGAUUUUGUUUAAAGAGAUAUAUUUUACCCUAUUAAAUUCAGAUAAAUCAUAAUUAUAGUCCGAAAAACAUUAACAAAACUAUGUAGCUGUUAUAUAUCUGAGAAAUAACUAAUGUUUUUAAAUGUUUAGUUAAAAACAACAUGUUUAAAUUAAAUUUAUUUUUUAUUUUGACAUAUAAGCCAUAAGUCGGAUAGUGGAAAUUAAAGAAUGAGAAAAAGAUGGAACUCAUUAUUUCAGAGUGGGUAAAUCGUAAUGCAGUGUUGCUAUUUUGUGAAUUCCCUACUUAAAUUAAUUUGUUGAUAAUGUUAUACCCUACUAAAAUUCAAUGUUGCUAUUGUGUAGAUUUAUAUGUUCAAUCACAGUAACCACUAACAAUUAUUAUUACUCUCAUCCACACAUGAUUCAGGUUUUUAUUUAAACAUAACCUAGCAUCCCAUUACAUUUUUUGUUUUUUUACAGUCACGAAAUUAUUGUCGUUUUAUAA